AUGUGGCUGCUCCGGGGCUUCCAUGCCAGCAAGGACCAUCCACAGCAGCAGGCAGGGGUGAUCUGGCGGGUGACGGGCGGCUUGUUCAGCAUCACCCGGGGAGCUGUUGGCGCCACCCUGGGAGGAGUUGCCUGGGUGGGCAGCAAGAGCCUGGAGCUCACCAAGACAGCGGUGACCAGCGUCCCCGCCGCUGGCGUUGGACUCGUCAAGGGCAGCGUCUCGGCGGUGACCGGCGGCGUGGGCGCCGUGGGCAGUGCCGUGGCCAGCAAAGUCCCGUUCACCGCAAAGAAGAAGGACAAAGCUGACUAAUCCCCAUCGCAGCUCCCUUCCAGAAGAUCAACCUGCCCAUGCUCUCCCCCUACACAGCACCUCUUUGAAUUGGAAACAGCCGCUUUGGGGAGGGUAAAGCACCCAAGCAGACUCCUGCUCUACACCGCCUGCCUGGCUCAGGGCUCGCAGAGCCGCUGUCAAUGCCUUUCACUCCCAUCACCUACUGGGAACCGUCUCUACUCUGAGGACUCUGAAGCCACACUGGUCUCUGUCUUGCAGUUUGCUUCCUCCCUUUUUGCUCCUCAGAGCAUAGAGGGGUGGGAGAUGGUGUAAGGCUCCAUCUGCCUGGAGGUGGUGAGGGAUAAGGGAGGAGGAGGAAGAAUUAAGCCUGGCUCAAAGUGUGGUUUAUGUACUUGAAUUCAGCUUCAGCUGGGGAGACAGCUCCUGAAACGCCUACCUUUGGCUCUGGGUGGUGUGUACGGGGGUUUGCGUGGGGGAGACCUGUAGAAGAAAGUCCCAUUGACAUUAAAGAGAGAUACUGUGAAGAGGGGGAAGCCUCCGUCCUGCCCCACACCUCUUACCGUUUCUUUGCUGCAUCCCACAAGCUGCUCCCAGUCAUUUAUGCCGUGGCUGAACUCCAUCCCCCACAGAAGGAGCACUCAAGCUCAACAGAGCACCCCUGGGAUGAGGCCACACAAGUGUAUUACAUGUCCCAAGCCAUCCAUCCCUCAGGCAGGUUUCCUCGGUGAGGGGCAGGGGGGUGCAAUCUGCUCUGUGUCCCCAUUUGGGGGAAUUGCUGACCGUGGCAUCCAGCAGAUCACUCAUACUACAGCAGGAGGUGGUGGUGCUCCACCAGUGAGAGGGGAGAGGUGCCCUCGCCAUGCUGAGGCUCACUGGGGCUUGACCCCUUGAAGUCUUUGCAGUGUCCCCAUCUGCAACAGGGGCGACGGCUCCCAGUCGCGCUCUUACCCCGCAGACGUCACUGGUAACUGGCUCGAGCCCCGCUCCUCUGAAUGACCCUCUUGCACCAACCGCCCGCCGAGCUCUUGGUGCCGCAGAAACCCCAACACCGGCGCUCAUCCGGAGUCGUGUGCAGCCACAGCCUGUCCCGUGGUGCUCACCGAGACACCACACACACGUACACACACACACACACACACACACACGCUCCGUCUCUCCAAGGUCCCCUGAAAUCCUCGGAAGGAGGAAAGCCGCAGGUUCCAACAUUAGCUCUGCCUUUCCUGGUUUCAGCAGGAUAUUAGCCUAGGUUGUUAGGUGUGGGGUGCAUAGGCAAGUGAAGCAGUGUUCGUGCUGUGUUUUAUAAAUCUGCGUAUGUGUUAGCGUGUGUAUCAGUCCACAGGCAUGUGUUCAGCCAGGUAAGCAAAGCUGUGCGCUGCUGCAGAGGAGUCCAUGUAAUCAUCUUUGGCACUUCCAGCAUAUAGGUUUUAUAGAGGGACCUGGUUGAAAUAACAAUCAUGUUUUAGAGGGCCUUUUUCCCCUGUGUUGCCCAGCAGUGUAGUUUAUUAAAACCAAAGGAAUGUGAAAAAUGUCCUUUCUCCCAUCCUUGCUCUUAGUUUAUUUUCUGCCCUGUGCUUUGGCCACUACAGCCAACUUCCUUGGUUUUCAUUUCCUUUUUGAGGUCAUUUUGCUUCCUGGCUGUUCUGUUAUGCUCAGGACUUAAACAUCAUGGAAUAUUUAAGUACCAAAAAAACAGCCAUUGUAUUUUCUUGGACUUAUGAAGCAGUUUUGAUUCUGACCUUUAUUAAAUCCACAUUUUGGACCUGACUUAAUUUGCCUGUGCCCCUUUGCUAGGCACACAGGUGUUGGUUUCUCUCCAUGCCCCUUACUGGGCAGCGGUCCUGCCAUUUGCAGUGGCAAAAAGCUUCUGAUCUCCACAUUGUGUUUCUCUUAAUAGCAUGGCAGUGGCUUACCCUGCAUCUCCGUUUCUGAAGGGGAAACAGCAUUUGGUAUGUGUGUGCGUUUCCUCCUCGUCUCUUUUGUUCUCCUGAAGGCCAAGUUGACCCAGAUGCGUUGGAUUUUUCUCUGAAGGCAGCAGCUUCGCAUACAGAUCAGGCCUUGGUGUGUGUCCGCGCCUCGCUGGGGUGCUCGUGGCAGCUAGCAAGGGCUGCAGAAAUCUCGUGUGCUCUUCCUUUAUCCCUACCCUGCUGCGAAGCAGGAGGGCAGUUUGCGCUGCAUGGGUCUCUGCUCACUGCUUUCCCUGAGCACAUCUCAUUUCUUAUACCAGAUCACAGCCUGCCUCUCCAUCCAGCUCUAGCCCCAAAGCUAAAAGCUGCCUGUGCAUAACUAAGCCAUCAGCAAGCCCCGAAAGGAAGAUGCAGCUUCCUUCCAAUGCAGACAGAAGACAGUCGUCUUCUCAACAGCCUCCCUGACUGUGAACAGAAGGAGAUAGUGUUUAAGGGGCUUUCCUUCUCCCGCCACCCCUAGGCAGGCAAUGAGAAGGUCAUCAUGCUUUGGCUGACCAGUAUUGUACACAGGUCAUCAGGUGGAAGAGAAGCUCUGGGCAAUAAAUCCUUCCCAAGCUGCUGUUUGCAGGUACUGUGUGUGCAGAGCAGGCAUGGCACAUUGGUAAAGGCACAUUGUGGAACGCCAGGUGGAUUCUAGGGUUUUCCCAUGUUUUUUAUGUCUAGUUUUCCCUCUCUCACUGUGUGUCCUUGUAAUAAAUGGACUAAAGCUCUCCGUUUGUUCUGGAACUGCCAUGGCCUUCAGGGAUGGCCCUGAGAAGGGGAAGGGUGAGGGGAGCUCUCAGCCCAGAUCACUGUUCUUAGGCCCAGCCUAUGGAGAGGUCAUGGACCAUAAAUUUACAAAGAGGGCAAGCUAGCAGGUAGGAAUAUAGGAUUAAUCUACUUGAAAACCGUGGCCUCAGACUUCUUAUCAGAUAUUUGGGGAUAUAUAAACAUGCAGGACUUGGACAUCUCUGGGAAGUAUGUCUGUGUAAGAGUACUGGGCCUCUUUGGUUGGUUCAGGUGACUCGGACCCAGGCUGCCCU